AUUUCCCACUAUGUAAGGAUACAGCGCCCUCCCGAAUACCUUGGACUUGACCCUUUCGAAGUUACGGCUUUCGAACUCCGACAUAGCAGUCUAUAAGUACUACACUGUCGACUUAUCUCCAUCGUCUCGACAAUCGCCGACAGCACAAUAAACAACGUUCGCACUUAGAAAGACUUGGAAGUGAAGACAUCAUAUAGUGUUUGGGACAAAAUAAUUGAGGAUUCAACAGAAAUGUCUAGCCCAAAGGACAGGCCGGCGCAGCGCUUCGGGGAAAUUCCGGGAGCACCUAUCGGGACGACAUGGAAGAAUCGCAGAGAAUGUUUUGACGCCGGCGUGCAUCGCCAACUUGAGCCUGGUAUAAGCGGCACUGAAGCAACUGGCGCCUUCUCAAUCGUCGUUUCGGGUCAAUACAUAGAUGACAAGGACGAAGGGGACACGAUCAUAUAUACAGGUUCAGGGGGUCACAUACCCAGUGAUAAUGUUCGCGACCAGGAAUGGUCGGAUCUUGGAAACGAAGCACUUCGUAAAUCUUCUCAAACAGGCAAACCCGUACGCGUCAUUCGGGGCUCUGACCUUGGUUCUGAAUUUGCGCCAUGGGAAGGUUAUCGGUAUGAUGGCUUGUAUAUCUGUAAACGUGCAUGGAAAGAGAAAAAUAGAGAUGGUUAUUACGACAUCUGUCGUUACAUUAUGGAGAGAGUUCCAGGUCAACCACCCUUACGCCGUCGUUCAGCGGCUAGCGGCGUUUACAAGCUACUGCCAGGCUCCGAAAUCGUGCAGCCGCCAGCGCCAACGCCAACGCCGGCCCCAGGAACUGGACGCCAUGGAAUCAGGCAGCAGAUCCAGGCCUCCCUUAUUAAUGAUCAUUCUUGGCUGGCUGAUCAAUAAGCAGUUGAUUUGUUAUGCGAGUGCCACCCUUCAUGCCAUGGAAUCAGCUACUAUGUUACAGUCCGUCCAGCACACAGUUACAGCAGUUUGUAAAAGUAUACAGAAUGGAAAUGUCAUCUUUCUGACUCAGGGAGCCAUGUAA